AUGAAUGCUGUGUGCUCCCCACGCUGCACCUGCCACGGCCACGGCACCUGCAUCUCUCAUGCGCCCGGUGCAGCUGAAGCGCUGGGUGCCUCGGAGCCCGUGGAGCCCUCCGAGCCCUUGGAGCUCCUGGCCGUUGCUGGCGGCCUGGGGAAGGCCGCCAGCAAGGGACCAAGUGACCCUGAGUUCAACGUGCGGCAGCUCCGGUCUCACGGUGCGGCGCCGCGGACUGCCGCCGUUCACGCCGCCCAGACCGUGGGCGCUCCGCCGCAGGAGUUGACCCAGACGUUGACAGCGGCACCGCCUGGGUUGGUGAAGGCGCUGAUGCAGGUCUUAGAUUUACCUGAUCAAGCAGCACCAGAGGACGUGGCUGCUGCCUUGGGUGCUGAUCCCCAGAUGACUCUGACGCUCUGUGCAGUGAAGCGCGCCUCAGAGAUAGCAAUGGGAUCCAAAGAGGAGGCCCUACAGUUGGUGGGUUUUCCACCAAAUGCAGGAAUCCAAGAUCCAGAAGGUGUCAGAAACAAAUUGGCAGAGCUUUUCAGCACUUACUUGGCCGAGAUUUGGGAAAUCGUGCAAGUCUCCAGUGUUUUCAAAGAGCUGAGUGUCCCUGUCAGCAGUUGGCGCCGCCCAUGGGCAGAUGCUUUGGUCACGGCACGCCACGCACAGCAGCUGUGGGCACCACAUUUGGCAGUCUCGCCGCAUGACUUCUAUCAACUGCUGAGUGGCCUGGGCAUUGGCGUGGCUGUGCUGGACAGGGUUGUGUCACCUCAGCUGGCGGAGGAAGCCCAUGGUGAACUGGAAACAUUGGCAGAUCAGGGGAAACUCAGUGAAUUCUCGCAGAGCACCUGCAACCCGGGAUCUCGGCACCUCUGGUUGCGCUUCGGUGGGGUGAACGUGGGCCCCGUGCCGCCAGCGCUACAACGCCUGGGGGAGGCCCUGGCGGGACUGCCAGGGGCCUUGGAGGCCAAGGCGAAGGAAGCGCAAGUGCCGUGCCCACGUCUCCGCCUGGUGCCCAACUUGAUGGCAGCCACCUAUGGUCAUGGAAGCCACUACGUGCCACACAAGGACAUGUACAGCGGAGGGAGCUGCGGCUUCGAAAACACUCGGAUGCUCACCAUUUUGUGUUACUUGAACCCGCAGUGGCAACCCGGAGAUGGAGGCGAACUGCGUCUCUUCAACACCUCUCCAGCUCCACCCAGUUCACCGGGCCCUGGCUCUGCCGUUCCACGUCUACUGGGCAUCACAGCAGAUCAUUCAGAGUCGAUGACCAGCAGCAGCCAUGGCACAGCUCAUGUGGACAUUGCGCCGCUGCUGGGCCGCCUGGUGAUCUUCCGCUCCAGAGAGGUGUGGCACGGCAUCCAGCCCUCCGCGACCGCACGGCGCUGGGCGGUGACGCUGUGGGUCCUCGCGGAGGAUGGCCCCGAGUAG